AUGAGCGCGGCAGAGUCGUUCUCGUCUCCGUCCGCAAGCCGCAUCCUGCCGGUCGAUGUUGCAGACAGUAUUUGCCAAGAUGAGGAGAGGGAGGGCAGGCCAACGUCUUGCUCAUCGCGCAUCACCCGCUUUGUUUACAAGACCAGCAACUUCGCACCGGGAAUGAGUGCGGCGAGCUCAUCAUCUCCGGCUUCGUCGCUCACAGUGAAGUCACCAUCAGAGGAGGCUUGGACAUCAGACGAGGAUGCUAUGGAGCGGCUCUACGCUGUCAAGCCGACAAGCACCAUCUUCGGGAGCGAUCUUGACCGACUCGAGCGAGACAUGAUGCGGGAUUACCAUCAGAGAGGAGCCAGGCUUCCACCGCCUGACCGGGUGUACGCCGAGCUUGGUGGCAGCCAACGUGGCCGGAGGAUGCAGUGGGAGCCGUCGUCGUCCUUUGACCGUCUUGCCGCCUCAGAUUUCCGCUUCAAUGCGCGUAGUGAAGCGGUUGUUGGGGACGCCAGCAACCGCAACUUGGCUGCUUACCAUCUUUACGCUGAGGCAUACCAGACGCAGCAGGAAGAGAGCCGGCGCUCUCAACGCGGCAGGGCCACAAAGGGCAAGGGCGUCAACCUUUGCCGCGUCAAUCAGGGCGCUAGUGUCGGCGCCGAGACUGACCUCCCCGCCUCGGAGAAUCCUCACUUCCCCACUGGAGGCCCCAAUGACGCGAAUCACUCGAGGGGUUCGUCAUCUGAACACGUCGGUGAGUCUGACGAGGUGCUCCUUAGCGGUGUCAGCAGCGUGCCAAAGGAGGUCGUGGUGAACGCGCGGACAGACUACAAAGCACGGGUAUCAAUCGUGUCAAGUCCACCCUGCGAAGGUGAGGAUACGAACCGCAUUGUCUAUGACGCUUAUAACCAGAGGCCGACCGACAACACACUUCUCGAGGUGCGCGGCGCGGAUUACUGGGGCCACUACGAAAACAGACGUCGUGUAGAAGAGCGUAGUGCAUAUCGGCAGGAGGCAAUUGCGAGAGAGGUGCUGCAGGAAGGGGCCGUGGACACGAGCGAGGUGGAGUACAGCACGAAAAAGGUACGCAAGGAGACGCUUCUGUACUUUCAGGCGCACCCGAUGAACGAGAUGAUUCAGGAGCAUUUUGUCCGUAUUCGCCGGUUCGUGCCUCCUGGUGGCGGCGCCAGUGUUUCUUUCAACCCUAACGAGCCGCUGCCGACUCCGGCAGAUAGCGAGAGUGACGAACGCAGGGUCAUUGAGUCGAUCAACAUGGACGCCGACAUACCCGUUCAGGAGGCACGCCGGAUGGCACAGGAGGUGGGCUUGGAUUUGAUUCGCAUCGGCGCUCUUUACUCGCAGAAGACGGACCGCCGCAUCAUUGCGUUGUGCAUGAUUGGCGACCACCGCGAGCACAUGCGUGAGAUGAUAAAGUUCAAAAUACAGAAGCUUGGCGUGCAGCCUCCUCCAACGAAGGAGUGCAUAGAGGUGCCCUUCAAGGGCGGCACUCACCCACACGCGAUACGCUUCAAGUGUGUGGGUGUGGCCAAGCAUCUUCUCCAUCGCCAUGCGAUUCGGAUCAACUUGACCAAGUUCGGUACCCCACGUGAGGGGUUUCCCGUCUUUCAGAGCAUUCUGGACGAGCUGAAGCGGCAGUGCAUGCGGCUAAAGGCGUACCAUACUGCUGGUCAAAUUCAGUCGAACUACGACGAGAUUUUUUGCUAUCUGUAUCCCUCCACGGGACGAUCUCCGAAGACGACCGUGACGCACCCCACACCGCAGCAGGUUCUGGAGGCGCGCGAUGAACGCAUUCUCGAGAAUGAGAAGGAGAUUUACUUUGACGAUCUGCAGGAUAAGGCCACGCGGAAGCAGCGACUGCAGUACAUGCUGAAACUUGAGAACGGUACGGCGUGGGCGGAGAAGGAUGAGGGCAUGUCUCUGCAGCGGCAGCGCGCCAUCAAGGUGAUGCUUGGGUACCUGCCGAAGGGGAACAGAGAGUUGUACGCCGCCCGCGGUGAUGUGAACAUUCCCGCCCCGUUCCGUGCCAGUCACCCGACGUCGGUGCACAAAUGGUCGUACCCGUCCGAGUCCAACUUGGAGCAGGCAAGUCGCGGCGCGGCCGCACUGGGUAAGCGUGCUGCCAUGCCCAUCAGCGAGAUGCACGACGCUGGAGAGACGCCUGAGAACCCGACGCAGCUCGAUCGCUUUUACUACACGGCGCAGGGACCCGCCCUCGAGAUGGGUGAGUUCAAGGAGGCGCUGGGGCUGAAGGACAACCGGACGCGGCGUCCGCCUAUGGGGGCGGGAUUUUCCACUCUGGGUGUCGGGUCUGUGGACGAGACUGUGCAGAGAGGCUUUGCGACUAAGUAG